UGGGCUGGGCGUCUCCGCCUCAUUCUCGGACAAGCGUGCCGCGAGGUAUGCUGGGAAAGACAAUACAGGGCAUUUCGUGACGUAUUUCCGCUGGAGUCGGUGCGCGGGAGGUUUGAGCGCGGGACCCGUAGCUGGUUUCCAUGGUGCUCGCGGCACAAAUAAGCUUGCGGUGGCAAAACCCCUAGUGCCUUUGUGGCGUAAUUCCAUGGGGCAAGUACCUACCACGAAGAUCCUUCAUUCCACACCAAGCACUCGUGCCAUGGUCUAAGAACUAUACGUGACAAUGGAAGAGGCGACCGCUUACCUGAGAGAUGGGGUCCUAUCCCAUCUGGAAAAGCUAGAAGCUCAUGCACGGAAACUAGCACUGAAGCAAGAAGAAACUCAACGGCAGCAGGAGAAUUUGGUCAGGCUGAGAGCAAGAAUCCAGGAGCUGAGACUCCAAAGAGAUGAGCUCCAGACCAAAGUGAACCUGCAGCAAGUUGGGCUCAUCAGGCAGGAAGGAGCCACCGGCAGUAAUGUGGAGCCCGUCCAAGCAGCGGAGACCGGAGGGCAAGCUCUUCUAAAAUGGAAAGUGGAAAAUGUCAAGGCCAUGCUGCAAGCCUUUCGUCUGACAGGGAUUAGUGGGAAAUUGACCAAACAAGGAGUCUGUUUCUGCAUCAGCACUGCUUAUGAAGGCACCUACCUGGACUCCUACUACCUGGACCUCCUCAUACAGCAACCAGUCCAGAUUCGUCACCACUCUGUCCCCAUCUUCAUCCCCUUGGAGCAAAUAGCCAAGAAGUACUUGCAGACCGACAUCAAAUGCUUCCUGGCUAUGUUGUCUGAUCACCUGAAUGCUUAUGCUGGAAGGAAAUACCAGGCAGAUCAGUUACAGGACCAUUAUUCAGCCUUUCUCGAAGGAACCUUGCAGAGAAACUCGUUGCAUAAUGUAUUGUUCUUUAAUUAUGAUGUGGAAACAGAAAGCAAGACCUUUCCAUUCAGAGCGAAGCUGGUUUAUGGGGAUCUCACCCGUAGUCUUCCAACCGAGGCCACUAUUACAUGUAAAGCAGGGGAUGUUUCUGACUCUCUGGUGGAGAAGACAGCAGCUCAUUCAAACUUGUUUCGCCACAUGGCUCUGCACAAAGCCUUCAACUCCUUCAGAAGAGCAGCAGAAAGUCUGGACCAAACAGCGUAAGCAGGCGACGCCCUGUCCCCAGAUCAAAUGCACUUACUGUGCCUUCUGAUCGCUGCAAAGCUCCCUGGGACGUUGCUACUGUGUAAAUGCUUUUUAGACUGGACUGCAGCAGAGUUCAGGAAAAUGCCUGAGGAAUAGCUAAACCAGUUCAUAGUACUGAGAACACUGUCUUCUUGAGCGGCCUUUGGAUGCCUGGUCUCCGCAUAUCCUUCUAGAGCUCCUCUCCUCUGGCAUGUUGCGAAAGGGUUGCUGACAGACUAACAUAGUUGCUACCAUGGCUCCAUAAUACUUCACCAGACUGGACAGCAGAUGGACACCGGAAAUCCCUCUCCACUGGAAUGGGAAACCGAAAAGACUUUCAGAGUUGUCAGGUAAACUUUACAAAAGUCUAACAAACCUCAGCCCUGGUGAAAGCUGUCAGGGAAGCGGCCCCGGGGCCUGCGAUCUUCCCUGUAUCCUCCAGCUGGUAUCAGACGGUGCAGAGUAGGUGUAAGCUUCCUCUAGGUUGCUUUGCAAAUGGCACGUUUAGUUCUAGGCCUCAUGCUGAGAUUAUCAACGAAGUCUCCAAUUCGGCAACUGGAUUCGUGCAGGACAGCCUCCCUGACUUCCGUAGGGCUCCGUACAGGUGCAGUGUUCCUGCUGCAUAGGUCAGGCUUAUGUUAGCAGUUAGUGCCAACUGUGGUAGUGGAUUCUGCGACGAGCACUUACCCUCUGUGAGGUGGACUAUGGCCCUGCCUGCACUGUGCAUUGGUCCGCACUACAGUAAACUUUAGUGUGCACUAGAAUUUACAUCCCUCUGGUGUGGACUAAACCACUGUGUAGAGAAGCUUGAAGAUCCUCCAAGGGGGAUACUGAACCACCAUCCUGUAAUAACAUUUGGUUACUUCCAACAUCAACUAAAUUUAAAUCAAGCGUGCACACGUUGGUGUUAAUAUAACUGUAAUUAAAUCACCAAUGCAUUAAUAAUAAUAAUAAAAAAACCUUCAGAAAAAAAUUAAAACUGACAAUAUCUGUGAAAACCUGACUUUUCCCUGCAUUCCCCUAUUGAGCUCCUUUCUGUGUCCUGGUUUAGAUGAGACGUUUGGCUUCCUUUUUCAAAUUCAUUAUUAAUGGCACUUUCACUUUUUCACCUGUUACUAAAUAUGCCUCAUGAUUAAAAGUGCAAUAAUCUUAAAAAUCUAAUUUACUUUUCACUAUGGCGGUUGGCAAUUAUUUCUCUCAAGUCUGAUGAGGGAUAUUUGACUAGGGAAUUUUUCUUCCCACUUCUCAUGUACCAUAGAAUCAUACACUUUAAGGUCAGAAGGGACCACUAUGAUCGUCUAGUCUGACCUCCUGCACAACGCAGGCCACAGAAUCUCACCCACCCUCUCCUGUAACAACCCCCUGACCUAUGUCUGAGCUGUUGAAGUCCUCAACUUGUGGUUUAAAGACUUGAAGGUGCAGACAAUCCUCCAGCAAGUGACCUGUGCCCCACGCUGCAGAGGAAGGCGAAAAACCCCAGCCCAGUGCUGCAGUGUUUGAGUUGCAAAUGCUGCAGGGAAAUGCUUUAGUUAUUUUGGUUUGUUCUAGUUGCUUAUAACUCCUGAAAAUAGUUUAGGAGGCCAAAGGUAACCUGACCAUCGCUUUAAAUUGCAACCUGAAGUUCUGUGGCACAUGGGCUGAGAUUUAUUUUAUUACAACUGCAUCAUUUCUGAGUGGAAGACUGUGCCCCUGAUGUUCAGAGUUAAUUUGGGGAGGGGGGGGGAUGCUCAUGAAGAUUUAUGAAAGAACUGAGCAGAUUGUUGCA